AUGACCUGCGUCACCAACGAACCACGCGGCCUCCACCGAUACUACGUCGUUAAACCCGCGACGAAACAGUUUUUCCCACUACCCAACCCGAAGACCAAGCACUUCACCCGACACCCCGUCGGGAUGAUCGUCCUGCGGUCCCACCCUCUCCGCUUCAAGCUCGUCCGGCUCUCCAACUCUACACACUCGCACCGCAACAACACGUUGUUAUUGCGGUGCGAGGUGUUCGAUUCUGAAUGCUGGAGUUGGAAGAAGCAGCGGCAGCUGGACAUCAUUGACCAUAAUGUCCAGCCUUUGCCGCUGCAAAGGGACGAGGAGAAAUAUUUAGAGCCGGAGUCGCCAGUCGCGGCUCGCGGCUCGCUGCACUGGCUGACGUUCCACGGCCGUGUCUCCGCGUUCCACGGAGACACGAGCGACACGUGGGAGUGUUUUCCGCUGCCGCGGGAAAUACGGGAGAAGGACAGGUACGAGGGGGCCAUGCAGCUGGCGGAGUACGAGGGGAAGCUAGGGGCGAUGUUCACGGGGUGGGAGAGCGGCGUGAUGGAGUUGUGGGUGUUGGAGCGUUACUGUGGUGAUGAGAAACGUUGGGAGGAGAGGUUGAGGUUGGAUUUGAAGGAGCGGGCUGCGGUGCGGGUGCUAGGGUUCUGCGACGCGGACACGGUGGUGCUGGAGCGGCGCGACGGAGGUGUGGCGGUGUGUGAGUUUAGGGUUGGGAGGAUGACGGUGGUGGAAGGGCUGAGGUGCACGUCGUGGUUGGAUGGGAUCUUCGUGGUGCGGUCGGAUUUGGAGAGGACGGAGUUUGGACGGCCGGAUGGAAAGAAAGAUGUUGGUUUUGAGAGGAAGAGGAAGAGGAGGAGGAAGAAGAAGAAGAAGGUGGAUUCGUGUUUGGAAAGGGAGUUGGAUAUGUGUUAG